AGCGUUUGGUAGUCACGAACGAUCCUCACGUAUGCGUCAUCAGCUCUCCAAACUAAUGAAAGCGUGUAAAGGCCAUGCAAUCCAGAAGGAGGCUUCGGCAAAGGGACGGUUUGACAUCGUCGUUAGAUUGUAG